AAUGAAAUCUACCCAUUUCACUCUCUUUCCUCCCUAUCAAUCUUUAAUUCCAUCUCUCUCUCUCUCUCCAGUUGGCCACUACCUAUGGAAUUAUCUCUAUCUCUCUAGAAUGCUAGUGGUUCUUUUUUCUUUUAGGUUGGUGUCACCCACUACCACCCUUCUUCUUAUGUUCAAAAGUCCCUCUGGCCUCAACUUUGAUUAUUGGUAAUGCAGGAAACAAAAGAAGGGUUUCCAAACAAAGAUGUUAGCAGGUAAGUAACAAGACUUAGAACUAAGUUUUUUAUAAAAAGAAAAAAAAAAAAAAAAGAAAGCAAACUUGAAUUUGGGAUUGAUCAUUAGGAUGCUAUAAUCCCUGCUGAUUGAGUGAUUGACUUCCAUCGCCAUGGAGAUCAAACCCACUCCCUCAUCACCACCCACAAUUACCUCACUAACACAAACACAAAUACAAACCUCCCCUUCUCUUUUAUUUAACCACCACCACCAGCUUCCCGACGACAACCCAUCUCCCAAAACAAACCCUGUUUCCAACGGAGGAGGCCGGGGACGCCGGCUAAAACGAGACGAAUGGAGCGAAGGAGCAGUGUCGAUUCUGAUAGAUGCGUACGAAUCAAAAUGGAAACUACGAAACAGAGCAAAAUUGAAAGGGCAUGAUUGGGAAGAUGUGGCUCGCCAUGUGUCUUCAAGAUCUAAUUUAACCAAAUCUUCCAAAACCCAUACCCAGUGUAAGAAUAAAAUUGAGUCUAUGAAAAAAAAGUGCCGUCAAGAACCUGCUGACUCUUCUUGGCCUUUGUAUCACCGUAUUCUGCCUUUGGUUGGAGGAAACACUAAUCUCACCCCAUCUCCACCGCCCUCUCUUCCGCCGCAAAAUUCCCAUGGAUCCAAUGGUGUUGAUAACAUUAAUCCUUCCCCUAAGGAAGAUGGAGUUGAUAAUGGAAGAGGAGUAGAUGAAGUACUAUCAGAGAAAAAUGAGAAUAAUAACAAUAGUAAGAAGAAGAAGAAGAAGAAGAAGAUGGUAAGGGAGAAGAGUACAGAUAGUAGUAGCAGUACUCCAGCUGCAAUAAUAUACAGUAGUAGUGAUGAGAAAGAGAAGGGGGUAGCAGCAAUGAGGCCUAAAUUACAACAAUCAAAAAUGAAGAAGAAAAAGAGGAGGAGAAGCGGCGAGGUGGAUUCAUUGGAGCAGAUAGCGGGUAGCAUACGGUGGUUGGCGGAGGUAGUGGUGCGCUCGGAACAAGCUAGAAUGGAGAUGAUUAAGGAUAUAGAAAAGAUGAGAGCUGAAGCAGAGGCCAAAAGAGGGGAGUUGGAUCUCAAAAGAACACAAAUCAUUGCAAAUACUCAAUUGGAGAUAGCUAAGCUCUUUGCAUCUCCUACCAACAAACCUCUUGUUGAUCAUUCUUCACCACUAAGAAUUGCUAGAACUUAAUUAAAUUCUUUUUGAUUUUAAAUCCCAUAAUAUAUAUAAUGGGGGAUUGGGGCCUGGGGAGGGCAUUAAAUUAUGUUAACUACCUACUACUCUCUCACCCUCUUAUACACUUAAUUAACUUUAGUAAUAUUCUAAUUAUAUUACUACCUAGCCCUCCCCCUUUGUUAUUCAAUGUAAGCUUCCCUCUUUCAUUUCAGCAUGCAUCCUCUAAGAAUGCUGUUUUGUUUAAACUUACUUUCAGAAUAAUUAAUAAUAAAUAUAAAGUUUUUAUAUUAUA